AUGGCGGACUCGCGCGAGUCGUUCAAGGGCCUGUUCCAGCGCGUACGCACAGCCGUCACACGCCAGAGAAGCUCAGACUUGGGCGGCUUGCGGACUGUGCAUGACCCUGAAGAUGCCGAUAUAGACAUCGUGGCUGUCCAUGGCCUGGGCGGACAAGGCUUCAAAUCAUGGAUCUCGGUGGAGGGCGGCAAGUCCAAGUCGUGGCUGGAGGACCUUCUCGCGCAGGAUAUUCCCAACGCGAGGAUCAUGACGUACGGCUACAUUUCAGACGGGGUCAACUACCGCUACCUAGUGCGCAACGUGCUCUAUGGCAGGGCUUUGGACUUGGUCAAAGAGCUGGGCAAUCAGCGCAUUCGCGACGGCACGAGCAGACGGCCGCUCUUCUUCAUCGCCCACAGCCUGGGAGGGUGGAUCGUCAAACGAGCGCUCAUCAUCUCCAGUGAGGCCAUCGAUGCGGAGCUCAAGGACAUUGAACUGGCGACCUGUGGAGCAGCGUUCUUGGGCACCUUGUCUCCAGGAAGGCCACUGUCACCAACGCCGCUCGCGCAUGUCAUCCGAAGAACGACGUCGGGCUUUGAUGAGCAUCCGACCUCUGCUCGCGGACAUUCCAUUCAGCCCCAGGCAGAGGAUAUCGAGUGGUUAGAGAACCAGAUGGAGGCGUUCAAGGCCAUUACGGCAAACCUCCCACAGCUGUCUUUCCACGAGACUAGGCAAUCACAGGACGGAUUCGUGGUCGAGCCGCGGCAUUCCAUGUCUGGCUCAGAUGGCGUGCAGAUCGGACUAUCCGCCACUCACUCGGGUUUAGUGCAAUUCGAGGGUCGAGAUGCCAACUACAGGACGUUUGUUCUUAACUUCCGCAACAUGAUUCACAAAGCCACUGCUUCUGGAUUGUUGGAGAAGAAGCGAGAGGCGUUUGAUUCCCUUACAGAUCAACACUUGGAAUACCUAACCGAAGGUUUCAACAUUCCAUACAAGCUGCCCUGUGAGCCAAGCGUCAUCAUUCACAGAAAGGGCCUGCUAGAACAGCUUGAAGCCAGCUUCAGGCCCUCUCUUGAUCGGCAAGCUUUGCAUAUCAGUAUCACCACUCUAUGGGGAGAUGCCGGCGUCGGCAAGACUACUGUUGCGCGAGAUUACGCCGAGCUGAAAAAGAACGAGCUUUCGUGCGUUUUCUGGAUCUGGGCCGAGAGCAGGGAGACGGCCGUGACAAGCUAUCUCGAGUUUGCCAACCGUUUGGUCGAGUACUACUCUAGGAACGCACCUCGGUUUCGGGUCGAAAACGAACUUGGACUCACAGGGGUCGAGGAGAUGCUCAAAGUAAAGAGCAUUCAGCAGCUGGAUAUGUUACAAGUCAAGGCUGUGGUGCGAGCCGUCCAGGACUGGCUAAUGAGGCCUGAAAAUGACAAGUGGCUUCUCAUCCUCGACAACGUUGAGCCGUCUUUCGAUAUAUCCGACUUUAUUCCACUCACCCUCACUGGAAAGAUUAUCCUGACUUCCCGGGAUAGCAGCAACUGUAUAUGGGGGACGAGGCUGCACGUUGGACCCAUGGUAGACGAAGAAGCUGUACAGCUACUUCGCUCGAUAAUAGGAGACGAGUCAUUACAAAGCAAUCAUGAAGACGAAGCAGCGCAUAAGCUAGUGCGGCAGCUCCAGUGCCAUCCUCAGAGCAUAGCGCUCGCCGCCUCUACCAUCAGCAAGAAGGGGCUCGAUGUCUCUGACUACCAGAGAGAGAUUGCGUCCAAUAUGCCGCUUAGGAUACUAGGCUCUAUGCUUGAUCAGUCUUCCGUCACAAGAACAGUGCUUCGCGUCAGCGCUAUGCUUUCGUACACAGUCAUUCCCGUCGCCUUGUUCGGUUCACCCAGAGGCCACAAAAAGACGCCCGCGCGAUUUGCAGAUACUUUGCAGGAGAUAAGAGCCUUUCAAGAUGCGAAUCGACUUGAUGAUGUUCUGCAAUACCUGUUUGAUCAAAACUUUAUACAAACGCCCUCCCCUGAUUCGGCACCACCGUCCACAACUUCAUCACCUAGCUCACCAUCGGCAUCGCAAGCUACGAACUCGUCGACAUCGUCGUUCGAAGCCUUUGUACUCGACCCUGCCGCUCGUGACUACGUACGCGCAUCGCUCAAAGAUGGAGAACAAAGGGAAAACGCAUGGCUAGCCUGCAAUAUUUGCGUCGACGGCAUCCGGGAAAGGGAGACGACUUCAUCGAGUCUACCAGAAAUCCAUGAUUUUGGGAGGAUCAUGGCCCCUCACGCAAAGGCUUGCUAUGACGAUUGGUCGGGCAUCCUUGAGCACGACGAUGACGACGUCGCGUGGCAUGUCUUGGGAAAUGUGUGCAUGACGCAGGGGGAACCCGAAAAGAGCGCCGAAGUGUUGAUGAACAUUGACUUGGCGUCCAUCGACCAAGCCCUCGGCCUGCAGGUUGCUCUGGCGAAGAUAUCCGCGGCGACUGCUCGAGGAGAUUACGACUACGCGGAAAACCAGUACGAGAUCAUCGAGCAUCAGCAAGAGGAAGAGUUUGGGCCAACAGAUGCAGCGACUGUAAGUACGGUCCGAAAGCUUGCAUCGACGCUGGAACAGCUGGGGAAGAUGGAGGAGGCGCAGGCGCUCUAUCGCCGAGUAUACAUCUCCUACCAAAGCAUGUUUGGCCAGAGCCAUCCGAUCACCGUCGAAGCCCUCGAUGAGCUUGCGCACGUAUCCAAGGCUAGCAAUGCCAUGGACGAAGCCGAAGCGCUCUACACAAAGUCACUCGAGAUUAAGACCAGAACUCUUGGUGCAGAGCAUCCAAACACAGCUGUCGCUCUGCGUCAGCUGGCUGUCAUGGACGACAUGCGCUGUCGUUACGACGACGCCAAGACCAAGUACCGAAAAGCUUUGGACAUCAUGGCUGCCUCACUUGGCAAAGCUCAUCCGCUUCAUACGACUACGAUGGAGGACCUGGCAUUAAGCUGCCGCUUGCAUGCCCACUUGUUGGGCGAAGAGGACGAGGCGGCAUCCAUGCACUCGUCUGAGUCGAGUUCAGUCCCGCGCGCUUUUCGUUCUCGGAACCGGCGCCGUUCAACAAUCAAUUCGAUGAAUACUAUCACUCGAGACCGCUACGCGAAAUGCAAAGAGGAGGCGGUUCUCCGUGACGCUUCCCGUCGCCGGGCAUUUGGCGAAGCCGAACAGCUCUAUCUCGACGUUAUCGCGAUCAAGAAGUCGGCGACCGAAGUGUACCGCGAGGGAGAGGUUGUCGAGACGGGGUCCAAGUUGAGAGAGAUGUACGAGAACGAGCCCUUUUUCGAAAAGUGCCGCGAUGAAAAGGUGUUGAACUUGACGGGGCUUUUGAGGGAGAUGAAGAGGAGAGGGACUCUCUAA